AUGAAGGGGAUGAUGGCAAUGAAUACAACACUCGCUGUGGAAUGUAGCAUUUCAGUCUCGUAAUUACUAUAAGCUGGGAUGUAGUGUACAGCCGUGAACUGCAAAGUUUCCAAGAGUACGGUGAUGAGGGAGAGAUCUGUGCACUGGAAAAGAUCCUCGGAAAUAUUCAAGUAACAAAUAUGUGGAAAAUUGAAGAAUGAAGUGAUUCAUGUUUAUUAUGGACAUUGAACUGAUAGAAGAAAGAACAAAUCUAUAAUAGAAAAGUCUAAUGUGUCCUUUAAAUACAUUUACAUUGGAGACCAUGAUAUGUACUGGAAAGAACACAGUGUGCCAAAAUCAAAUAUGGCCACUCCGGAACCUUCAAUGCGGAAGAAUAAGAUCUCCAUGGAGACUGAAUACACCCAUGUACGUUUUCACCAGAAGGGGAAAUGACGGAGAAAACACGCCGGUAAACGCAGAUCAUCUCCACUACCUCAAGAAGUAGAAAUACAACCAGUGACUAACACAUGCACUGGAAAAGAUCCUCGGAAAUAUUCAAGUAACAAAUAUGUGGAAAAUUGAAGAAUGAAGUGAUUAAUGUUUAUUAUGGACAUUGAACUGAUAGAACAAAUCUAUAAAUAGAAAAGUCUAAUGUGUCCUUUAAAUACAUUUACAUUGGAGACCAUGAUAUGUACUGGAAAGAACACAGUGUGCCAAAAUCAAAUAUGGCCACUCCGGAACCUUCAAUGCGGAAGAAUAAGAUCUCCAUGGAGACUGAAUACACCCAUGUACGUUUUCACCAGAAGGGGAAAUGACGGAGAAAACACGCCGGUGAACGCCGAUCACGUGACCCAUAACAGGAAGUAGAUACGAGGAGAGUAGCUCGAAAGUAGCGAUCACGUGACCGGAGGUUUGGUGAAGGAAGUAUGAUUCGAGUAGUCCGAUGGCUUAAUGCACAUAAAGUGCCGCUUACGUCUUCAAUACUUGACAUCGGCACUGGGAAUGGCAUGUUAUUGGUAGAAUUGGCAAAGUCUGGGUAUAGCAAUAUCAUGGGUGUGGAUUACUGUGCAGGUGCUAUAGCACUGGCAAGAAGCAUAUGUGAGAAGGAAGGCGUUUCCCAAAGCGUACAGCUACAGGUUGCAGACUUCCUGGGCACGUUCAAUCCCUCGGAACUGUUGGACAUUUGUCUGGAUAAAGGCACUUUCGAUGCAGUGAGCCUGGAUCCUAAUGGUGCAGAAGACAAGCGCAGCCAGUACGUACAGUCACUGUGUAGGAUUUUAAAACCAAAUGGAAUUUUUAUCAUUACAUCCUGCAACUGGACCAAAGAUGAGCUGCUUGGACAGUUUGGUAAAGAGUUUGAAAUGACAGACGAACUGCUCACUCCGACCUUCAGUUUUGGAGGACACUCGGGUCGCAGUGUCACGGCUCUAGUGUUCCAGAGGAGGAAUUGCUCUUGAUGUGAACAUCUUAUUUUCUAAUGCACAAACUAUUAUCUCUGGUAAUAUUUGCUAGACUGGGCCAGCGUGACCUGGUAACUCUGUAACUGCCGGCGUACUUCAUUCUACAAGUUGGUGGAAAAUGUCUUUUUAGAACCAAGAUCAGGACUAUGGAUGAGAAUCACUUUACUGGAAGCAUAAUCAACGAUAAGUGCUGGGUGUUGAGGCUAAUUGAAUAGCCCCAGAGAAUCAAUUAGCUUCUAAUUGUAUACCCCUCCAAGUGUUUAGAUGGCUUUGAAUUCCGGCAACUAAUGAGCAUCUGGGGAAAAAACUUGUUUUAUAUGUAAUAUUUGAAUGUAUGUGAGUCGCCUUGGACUGCCGGUGUACUUCUGAUGGUUUCUUUUCAUCCUGUUUCUGAAAUAAAUGUAUUUCUGUGUU